UUUUCUUUACAGAGUCUCCUAGCUGGUACAAAGGCAACUGUUAACGGUAAGUGUUAAUUAAAAUGUUUUUGGUGUGGUAGACCAUUCGAUUGGAAUCCAAGGCAAAACUUGAAAAGUCUUCGUAGUAUCCCUACUCUAUUUCAGGAAGGGAUUAUUUAGUGUCAUAGUUUAAUUAUGAUCAGUUUUUGAAUGAAAUGAUCCUGCAGUCUCAUUUUCUUAACUUAUACACCAGUUAAGAUGAUCUCCUUAAAUAAUUUACAGGAGUUUGGUCCUUAAACAAAUUAUAAAGCCCCUAUGCUUCCGUUAAAUUCGUUUCGUUUCAUCACGAACGGUACAGACAACUUUUAUUAAUUGAGGAGAUAUUUUGUGUGUUGAAAGCCAGUUCAAAUAUACAAGUUUCUUAUACCCUUUUACACGACUUUACUUCACGAUGGGUACUUUACGACAUUACAUAUGACUAGCUGCUCGCAGUUGGUUUAGUAGUUCAUUUGGCUGCAGCAACGUACCUACAUAGGGAGGGUGCAAAUCCAGUUAAAGGGUGAGUUUUAAAUACUUUCAGGCCUAAACAAACACACAACUGUUUAAGAUGCGUGUGCAUAACUGCAAGCCAGAGCCUUUUAUGUUGAAAUGUAUGAAUUUGACACAUCCUUUUACUGACUGCACGAUCUGUCAAAACAACGCAAGACGUCAGUGUUUGCCUGAAGCUGUGCACUGAAUAUAUCUCUUUCUACUGUCUGAUGUUUGGUAUAGGCUAAGUGAAAGUCAACAUUGUUAACAGCUAGUGUUUGUAUCAUGACAGGAUUAGGAGACAGUGUCCUUCUUCUAACGGCUAAUUUGACCCUUUGUUAAAGAAAAUGAAAGAAGAAAAUUACAUGUUUAGUAAAAGUAUCAAUAUCGGUGGAAACAAUUGAUUCUUUGAAUAUUCAUUUUCAAAGAAAUUCAGUUCUUCCGUCACGGGUACUCCAGGUAAACCUGUCACAAUUUUGACAAAUUUUUCUCUUACAACAGCCGGCUUAUUUGCACAAUACAGUGGAACCCCGUUAAUACGACCACCUUCGGGCCAUGGAAAUUUGGUCGUAUUAGCGGGGUGGUCGUAUUAACGGGGUAGGGUCAAAUUAUGGUGCAAAAUGCUUUUAAACUACAUUCUACUACAUGUAUACCUUUAAUCCGCUAUAAAUAAACCCUUUUGCAGUUAAUUAACAACCUUACAACCGCAAUUCAAUGCAAUACUGAAACGUGGGGGAGGAUACGGGAUGGAAAUCUCAUGAGUUUACAAGUUUACUGAUGAUCAGCCAAGAAACAUUGAUAUGCUUAACAAAUUAUUAGACAUUCCAAAUAACCGAUCUGCGAGAAAAGAACAGGAAAUGGACUUGAAGAGAAAAGCCACAGUGGAAGGCAGCAGAAACAGGAAGGCAAUAUAACUUUGAGAGCCUCGAAAUGCUGCAAAGUGAAGUCUUUCAGAUCUUUUGUAUUAUUUAUUCAUGCAUCCUUUUUACUGAACACUGCAAUUUACCGGAUGUCAUGCUAACACCUUUGCCUAAAAGCAUUCAAUGAAAUAUUAGUAAUGCGUUAUUGUUUGUCAGAUUGUGUCUGUUUUCAUUCAGCAGCCCCACCAAGCAUUUUGACUGGUCGUAUUAACGGGGUAAUUUUAUAAAGAAAAUAACGAUUCAGGACUCCCAAAGGUGUUCGUUUGUCGUAAUAACGGGGUGGUCGGAUUAACGGGGUUUUCAGAUAAGAAAAUGAGUGGGCUUUUGUUCGGGCCACAAAAAAGUGGUCGUAAUAACGGGGUGGUCGUAUGGCGGGGUUCCACUGUAUAGAAGAGCAACCGCAUGGCCUGCAACAUAGCUGAUAAUUCUUUGCUUCUUUCCUAAAAUAGCUAAAUAAAUUACCAAAUAACUAUGAUAAUAAAUAUACGUUAAAAAAUAAAUGAAAUACGAUGGAUCACUCACUAUUUACAAAUUCAUAGAUUAAUCAGAGAAAAGUAUGUUGACAAUUUUUUCCUAAGAACUUUGACAGAAUCUGAAGAUUUAACAUUGUCUCUUAGCUUGAGAGAUGUGAUCAAACUUUUUGAGGCCAAGAACAACACGGGUGGCAAAAUUCUGCACUAACUGAAGUUUGUUGAUGUUAUGUUUACUAGUAUUUGACCAAACAGUUGAGCAAUAAUAUAACCUACUUAAAAUGAAAGAGCUCAUAAGGAGAAGUAUUGUUUUCUUAUCUAGCAAGUGUUUUAUUCUAUUGAUUUGUACGAGUGUUUUAGCAAUGUGUUCGUUGUAAGUUAGUGAUUAGUCAAUAUAAAUGCCAAGAUCUUUAGCAACAGUAGAGGGUGUAAUUCCUUUUCCAAGCAUCCAAACAGAUGCUGUGGGCAGCUUAUUGAGGAGUUGAGGCAUACCGAUCAUUAAAACUUAAGUCUUAUCAGGAUUUACCAAUAAAGAGUUUUGGCAACACCAUCUGGAGACUUGUUCCAGGUCCGCAUUUAGAUUGUGAAUUGCAGUGGAAAUGUCAGACGAGGGAAAGGACAGGUACAGUUUAGAAUCAUCAACAUAACAGGCCGAUUUGCAGUAAGAAGGGACAGACAACAGGUCAUUUACAUAAAUAGUAAACAGGACUGGACCCAAUAUUGAUCCCUGAGGGACCCCAUAUUUCAGGGGAAGUGCAUCAGAGAUAGCAUCAUGGAUGCGUACUCUUUGACUGCGGCCAACAAGGUAGCUAUGGAACCAGUCACGGCAUAAAAAGGAGACACCAAGAGCUUGUAGUUUCUGCAAUAGAAUAUCAUGUCUUUGCCAUGUCGAGUAACACUAGAGCUGAGAUCUUUUUAUCAUCAAUUGCCUGCAACAGGUCGUCUGUAACACAUAGAAGGGCAGUCUCAGUUGAAUAAAGCUUUCGGUCACAACUUUGAGUUUUAGCCAAUGUCUUACUUGCUGUGAAAUAGUCGACAAUAGGUCGAUUAUUGCACGGAUCUUCACAAUUACACGACUUUAAAAUAGGAGUAACAAUGUCUAAUAAGUUAUUAUAACGUACGGAAAUUGAGCCGUUAGCCUGUUUUGACGCCGGUUUCCUUCACUGCGCAUGGGCACAUAUACCCUUUACCAUCAUUCUCAAAGCCCAUCGCUUCUUUUGGUCAAUUAAAACCGAGGGGCUCUGGGGACGAGAAUGGUGAUUAAGCGCCAAUUUUGUUGUAUUCCCCCGUAUAGUGAAGACAACACGGCUCUCUAGAGAAAACUUUGACUCCGAGCUGAUACCGGGAGCUGUGUUAAGAUUUUUGAUCUCCAGUCAGCUCAAAUCCGCCGAAAAUGAAGUCAAAUAUUUUUCUUUAACCGCCCCCCUCCCACAUAUAACAGCCUUCUUGAUCCUUGCUUCGCUGCAUGUUGCUCAGACCACCACCCACCGUCCUGAAUCCAAACAUUUUUCAUUAUUGUUAUUUCCUUUUUAGCAGGUAAUCUCAUAAUAGGAGUCGGUGAAGUCCUGGAGAUCAACACAACUGCACCAUCCAUAGUUAAUAACAACUGCUCCAGUUGCAAUUACAACGCAUCACAUGAAAACAGAUCUUCCUCAAGCACGCACGGUGAACAUCUGGCUGCCGUGAUUAGGAUCAGUGGUAACAUUGAGUUCAGAAACGGUUCAACAGUCCAAGUAUUUGGGAAGUAUGGUCUGAGUAUAACAAGUCAGAAUGGACACAUCUUAAUAGAAACUGAUAUUAACAUGACGUGUACAGAGAUGGUGCUGGAUGAAACAUGUCUCGGUGGGUUCGCACAGUCAUCAGUAGCGUUGAAAGAUGUUAAUCACCCUCCUAAACUCCUAUAUAAAGGUAAGAGAAGAUGCUUUUAUUUGCCUUUCUCACAUUUGCAUUUGGUUUGCUCUUGCUUUCACACUUACUUCCUGAGAGGUGGGUACAAGGUAUAAUAAGACGGUAUAAUUACGAACAGUAAAUCGCUGAGUCUCUUUAAUGUUUAACCGUCGGAGGUAAAUUCAUACUCAACCAUGAGGCAAAAUUGGUUUCUUUGGAAACUCAGUGUGAUAUAAUCUGAUAGUUUAGAGGGAUUCAACGUUUUGAAAUGCCAAAAAAAAAUUGCUCAAACUCAUGCCACAACUGAGGUCUUAAGUCAUAUUAGCUAUGACCGAUUUAUUACCACAAUUUGUUUAGCGCAACAGGGACAAGAGGAAUAGAAAUCCAUGCUACUAGGGAGGAUGUUUACAAAUAGUCAUUAAUCACUGCUUUGGUCAGGGAAAAGGUCGUUUAUGGCUGGUUUUCAAUCAUUCCUUGGCCAUUUGAGUAACAUUCAAUUGCAAGCUCCCAGCUUCUUUUGCCUUCCUUGAAUUGUCCCUUUAAAUUAUAUGCUGUUUUUUUUUUUUUUUAUAAUUAACGCCUUUUUGUAACGUUUCAUUGUUACGUUUUGUGAGUGUCUAAAAAUUCUAAAUAUGCUGAUCUUCGAACCUUAUACAGCCUAAUUAAAGCUUAUUUUUGCAAAGGCUAUGUUCUUACAACAGGUAAAUAUUUCUUCAAGAUCACAAACGUAGCGAGGAUAUUUCAAUUACUAAAUAUUUUUUCUUUAUGUCUGAUCAAAUUCUCGUAAUUUUAAUAAGUCGGUAAGUCGCAUCCUUAGUAUUACUCUCCCGAAUAGAAUGCUAGUCCAUCACAGGGAAGGGGCAGUCUGAUUAUUUCGUGUGGUACUUCUUUUUACAACUGGGUGGAGAAGGAGAGAGUGAAGUACUAUUCAAUAAAAACCAUGCGCUGCUUGAAUUCCUUCCUCCAUUUCUAAAGUCCGAUAAAAUACCACUUUUCUUAUACUCUGACGACUGAAUAAGACUUCUUGGUGUUGGUUAAGUUUUGUAAACAGGGCAUUUUUAAUGAUUUUUACUUUCUUUACAGGUCUUGGUCCUGGUGGCCUCAGAAAAGCCGUAGAGUUUAAUUUGGACCUUGUUUGCGUACCUGGUUCUAGUCAUGGCGGAAUAGCAAUGCGUCCGGGUUAUGCCAUUUAUUCAGAUCAAACAUAUGAUCAACAGGACACAGUGUCACUAUUAGGAGGAAGCGGAGGUGAGAUAAACUAUUUUAAAAUCAGUUUGUGGCUAUGAUCUAAGUACUAAUGAGGGCUGUAAUGGAAAUUGGUUAAUAGAGAAAAAAAACAGGUGAAGAAAAACUUUGGGCACACUUCAAUUACUGUACCUUACGGCAUACUCACUACGACAAAUCAGGCCUAUAUUAGAAGAAUUAACUGCGUUUCAACUACUUUUUACUAAAAUUCUGGAAACUGUUUUUUGCAAGUAAAGUAGUUAUGACUGUGAAAGGUUUCAAGCCAGGAGUCAUUUCAUAAGUAGGAUAAGUAUGAUCGUCCGGGUGAACGUAGUCCUGAAUGACUGUUAUUGUUGUUGACAGUGACUGACGUUUAGACAACCUGUGCGGUAGUCAUAUUCAGAGUCAAAGUGAGAUCGGUAGAUGUAUCACGGCAGUUGAUGGUAUAAAACUCUGGUUAUUGACCUGAUUUGUCAAUUAAGUCGCGGUGUUAUUGGUCGUCUGUCAGUUAAGCCGUGAUGUUAUUGGCCAUGAAGACUCGUAAUGUCAUUGGUGCGUUUCGAUCCAUCUAUUGUCACAUUUAAACAGUCGAUUAUUGUUAGUCAAAUUGUCAGUUGUCUAGUCAUUCUCACGUAAUUAGUUUUGCUUCAGCACGUCGAUAAGUCAUUUCUACGGUGCCGGUAUCUGACUUCUCUUACAAGCAGCUGCUACAUUACUCACUACAUCCCAUGAUCAAUGUUCUCGUACACAUUCGCAUUCUGACCAUGUUCACUGGGAUUGUCAGAGUGAAACGUGGUGGUCCACUCUAGGGUAUUACUUUCUGUUUCCUCACUGUCGUUUUCAGUGUCGUUGUCGCUCACGUGGGUUUCUUCGGCUUCAGUGCCAUUCGUAGAAGCUAUCUGUCCUCCCUCUUCCUUUCUAUCCGAUGAACUUUCCACGUUACCCUCGUUCUCGGAAGUAUUUUCUCCAUUUUGGUAGCGUUAUUAGAGACCUUUAAAUUCUAGGACGAGAACGACUACGAGUACGAGAUUUCACUUAAAGUGUUUUCGCCAAGAGAGGAUAUAGGGGACAGAGAAGGUACCCCCCAUACACACCCUAUUCCAUAGGUAAUUCGUCUCGAGUUAUUUUUAACACCACAAAUCUCAAGGGGGAUUAGACAACAGCCAAUCACAUAGCGCGAAUGUGUUGUGCGUGGAUGGCCCACGCUCAGAGCCACGCGCCCUUCACGAAUUGACGCGGAACGAAAUAUCGAAAGACGCAGAGAGCGAUAUUGCUGUUCGUCUUGUCGACGAAAACGACUGCAGAGAGAUUUCUGCUAAAGCUGUGUCAGCGAAACGGAAAUCAAAAAAGAAUCGCCCUUCCUCUCUUGUAUAGAGCUAACAGUACAGCAGGGAAAUCCUCAACACACUGACUAUUCUCUCAGGAUCAUUUACAAUUUACAGUUUGAAGAGAGUAAUUUCUGCUUUGGCUGUUUAUUCUUUUACUAGUCUUUUAUUAUUUAACAAAAAAAACACUUGGCGUCUUACUUGCUUUAUUAUACAAAUGACCGGUUUCAAUAGACCGGCGAGACUGAUUUCAUGGGUUGUCAAAGAGUCCAGCGAUUCCCUUUUCCCAGGUGAGCGCCGACUCAUUUCGCUUCAAUAUUCAGGAAUGCUCUCGAUCUCUUGACGCUUUCAUUGCCUUUCGCGCGACAAGCUUUGCACCGCGUUUAGUCAUGCGAAACCUCCACGAAACAUCCACGCAGCGCGCGAGGUAACCUUAUCCCGAUUCUAAAAAUAACUCGAGACGAAUUACCUAUGGAAUAGGGUGUGUAUGGGGGAUGCCUUCUCUGUCCCCUUUAUCCUCUCUUGGUUUUCGCGUAUUCUCAAAUAAUGACUAAUAGACACCCCGGAUAGCCUCAUUGUACAUCUUUUCACCAAAACUUGCACUUGUUUCUUUAUGAAAGAGGUUAAGAUAUCUCUCAGCCGCAAAAUAAUGCAGCCUGUAAUUCUUCAUAACUUGUGUCCGCUAACACGACAUUCUCGCUAAAACUCGUAGUAGAAUGACAACGACUAUCAUUUUUUCCCGCCAAAAUGACGCUGGUUCACGCGCGCGCACUAAUUAGUAUUGAGGAAAUCUUGUACUCGUAGUUGUACUCGCCUUAGAAAUCUAAAAGGACUCUAUUCUUUUUCUAUCAAUCAAUUCUUUGUUAUUGAUUAAGCCCUUAUCGACUCCAAACUCCAAAGUCCAUCUAUGAAAACAUUCAACGCACAUAAUCGUUAUGAGGAACUGGCGUUGAACACACUCAACUAGCUCGGUAAUGUUUGUCACUGGAAUUAUGCGUUUAUUUCGAAGUAACUGUCCUCAGGGAGUCCAGAAUAUAAUAGAAAUCUCUAGAAGCUGCCAUGCUAUAUAGAAAAUCAAAAGCAUGCUCUUUACACACCGCAUAAAAAAAUAUAAAAAUUUAAUGGCAAAGGUUUCAAGUAAGUGAUAAAAAGAAAGGCAUUUCCAUAAGGACGGUCUGUAAAAGAGUCGAAGACCCCAUAGAAUACAGACCAUCUUUUAAAAAUAUUCAUAUAAUAAAAACUAAGUUUAAAAGACAGACAAUUAAAAAUGUAAAAAUACAUACAGAGAUAUGUACAAUAAAAAACAAUCAAUAAAAUGUACAAGUUCUAGCAUGAUUCUUUUUAAGAGUACAUUCAUCUUUUCCCCUUAAAGGAUACCGAUCAGAAUCUGAAAAAAACUGUACGUAUGUAAAUAGAUCAAUAUUUAUAUAGCCAUUCAGGGCUUUAUACAGGAAUAAUACGUCAAAUAAAAAUCGCCUUUGUUCUAAGGACAACAAAUUGAGCUUUUUUCUUCGUUGUCCGUAAUCAUCAUUGGUCUUCAAAAUAAACUUAGUUGCUCUUCGCUGAAUUCGCUCCAACUUAGAAAUAUUUCUAGCUGUAUGUGGUGACCACACAACACUACAACUCUCUAGCUGUGAUCUUACCAGGGCAAGAUACAGAGUUCUCAGUGUGGAAACAUCUUGAAAUCCUUUACACGUCCUUUUAAUUAGACCUAGAAUCUUGCUGUCCUUAUUCGAUAUUUUAUCACUAUGAAUGUUCCAAGACAGAUUGCAAACGGUAACCAAGCCAAGAUCACGGAACCCAGAUCUUAGCUCCAGGAUAUUAUUAUUUAAGUAUAAGUGAGAGUGAAUAGGCCUGGAUGUUUUGCAGUCGUCAGCAUAUAAUGACACACAGUUUCCAGGCAUUACUACUCCAGGCAAAUCACUAAUGAAAAUUACAAAAAACAAAGGGCCCAAUAAGGAGCCCUGAAGUUCGCCCGAUGGAAUAGCUCAUCAUGUAGAAUUCAUUUCUUCUGUGACAACUCUAUGUUCUCCGUAGGUGAGAUAAUCCUUACACCAAUUCAAAAGCGCACCGGAGAUACCAAAAUCACCCAAUUUUUUGCAGCAGAGUAUUAUGUGCCACUCUGCUAAAUGCCUUUGCAAAGUCCAAGAAGUCCAACUCCAUCUGUUUGCCCUCAUUCAAGGUGGUCAUUGAUGGUCAAUGAUGCUAACUGAGUAGCACAUGAACGUCCCCUCACAAACCCAUGCUGCUAAUCUGUCAGAUAAGGAGCCACAUGCGGGUAUAUAGCAUUAUACACAAUCCUCUCUUGACAUUUACUCCGAAUGGAUAGUUAUGAAAUAGACCGAUAAUUUUUGACUACAUCUUUAGCAUCAGCUUUAAAAACCUCAGUAACAUCAGCUCGCUUGGGAAAGGCUACUCAAAAGAUCUUUCAUCGUUGGCUCUUUAUUACCGCUUUGAUCAUCGAAACUUCCGCUCUUUCAUUUUUCACUAUUGUGCUCUUUAUCAGCAAAAUCUAUCUUUUUCUUCAUCUCGAGAAGUGCCGGUGGAAGGGAGGCUUCGAAUAAGUAACUAAUAGCUUCGUUUCCUCUUUUAUAGCAUCAAAAAACCUAAGCUUGUAACAACAGGGACCACCGACUUGACUAGAAUUCGCUCCUUUGUAAAGUGGAAGACAAUUUUUUUGCUAGCUCUACUUAGGAGCCCCUAGUCUACUAGAGCAUCUUUUUAUGACAUAUGACAACAAUUUCCUUUUCUUCGGGGAUUGGAAUGUAUUUGUUAAGUACAUUGGACUAAUGCAUGCAUGAGUUAUGGAGUGUCUGUUCGUAAGAGAAACUGUCGCUGAUGAACUGGAUAAACAGCUUACAGUUGAAGAAAAUCACGGUUGUUCUUCACGACACGAAACAGUGCUACCACACGAGAAGUACAAGACAGAGUAGUCAGCUGAACAUUCCGAGAUGCCAUCGAGCUGUCGGUCAGCGGUCAUUCUCCUACCGAGGGGUAAAGCUUUGGAGUGGUAUCAGUGAUAAUGUUAAAUCUACCGACUCAGUUAACAUGUUUAAGAAGCGACUUGUCAAACUACCUCUUUCCAAUCAAGAACCGGAUUCGAAAUAGCAAGUUUUAUUUCAUUCAUUAUUGUUAUUUUGUUAUUAUUCUUUUUAUAAAUUACUGUUAUUGAUUCCUUUUUCUUACAAUUUUCUUGCCUUAUUGUCCUGUAACUUAAAAGCCCUUUGAGGGAGUUUAAUAAAAGUCUGUGUGUAUGUAACUCUAAUUGAUUAGCUAAUUUAAAGCGGAGCUUCACGUUCGCGCGCGCGAGCCCAUACCUACGAAAAUUAGGUAAUCUAUCUAUCCGAGAAAUUUUGUUAAUCACGUGAUCGACUAACCAUACGCCCAGCCACCCGUCCGUCCGUACCACAGGGAGACCAAAACGUGAAAUGUCUAAUUUUCUAGCUAGUGUGGGAGCCCGUAACCUGUUUUAACCUGAUAAUAGAGAUCCAUAUUAUGGUCAAUUGACAGGUAUCAAAACAGUAUCUGCUUACCAGUGUCACAUGUUUAUGUCUUAACUCAUAUGGUUUUUCCGUAAAGUUAAGUAUAGUUUUGUGGUCUUUUCAAUAGUUUAAAGUCCAUUGUCCGCAGUAAAUUUAAAAUGCAUAAACGGGAACUUCACUUUUAGCUUUGGCUAAAUAUGUAUAUUCGAAAUGUGGUGGUGGUGAAGGAAAACAAUAGAAAUGUGGUGCUGGGUGUUGUGGAGGGAAAACAGUAGAAAUGUGGUGGUGGAGGGGGAAGUCUAAGCAAAAAAAUCUUUUGGUGGUAGAAAAAGCCAGUUUGCCUUCAUCCUCCUUACCAUGUACAAUUUUCGCGCCAAGAAUUAGUGAACCGGGACCAUGACUAUAAGCUGUCUACAAGGGACAAUGACAGUGGUGGGAAAUUUAUCAUUUAUGGUUAAUUUACGGCUGAGUGAUUUUUAUUCACAAGCUUAUUCCUUCGACAACAUGAAUCAACCAAUGAAAAUUUUUCUUAGCUUCAAGUCCACCAAUUAAAAACCAAGACUGAGUCAUUGCCCUAAAAAUUACUAGAAAACCUUUCAAAACGGUUAAAGAGCAUAAGAACAUGACAAACAGGUUCAACCGGUCAAGUUUAGGUGAGAGUAUUGUUUAUUAAACAAAAGGGAAGAUAAUGAGAUUCCACCGCAUUUAUAAUUUUAUUCAAAUAAAGAUUCCUACCUUAAAAGUUCAAGUCGAUCCUUACUAUACUACUAAACCAGAAAAUAUCCCAUCUACAACAAAAGAAUACAACAAAUGAACUCGAAAAAGAGUUGAUAUAAGUAUGCAAAGACAAACGAAUGUUACCUAUCAACGAUGAAAAUAAAAUUUUUGUCGGAAUGUUUAAAAUUUGUAUUUUUGGUGUUAAUUCUAACUUCUUUUAACCUCAGGUUCAUGUACUUAUCGCCCAGGAAGUGUUGCUGGUGGAGGAGCCGUUGAAAUUGUAGCAGAGAAAGGAUGCAUAACCAUAAGUAUAAACGAUUAGCAAAUUCUUUGUAAACUAUUUGAUAUGUAACUUGUUAACAACGUAGAACCCUGAAAGGCUGAAACGUGCUCAGGAAAAAUAUACGUCUAAUAACAACUGCUACAGGAGCAGAGAUAGUGCUCGGCUUCCCACAAUAACCAUCAUUUCGGAUGACCUUGUAAUUUAGUGUAUUACUCAUUUUCCUGAUUUCUAUGCAACACUGCUAGUCUUUUACUCAGAAGCUGUGUUUUAAUCAUCCUAUCAUCCUGUAUCUAUCUCAGUCUUAAAACUGUUCCUUGAAGAAGAUUCUUAAAUGACCCAAUCGGCAGAAAUUCGACAUUUCAUUAACAGCCUGCUCACGCCACGCCUUCAGGAAAUACAAUUAUUUCCUUUUAUCAUUUGUUUUAUUAUUUAUUGAUAAGGAAUAUGUUUCUUCGAUGACACAUUUUAUUUCAAUACUUGUUAGAUGCAAUCAUCAGAGCUUCAGCUCAGCGUGAAACAGUGGAAUCAUGUUCUGGUGGAUCUGGCGGACUUAUUCGUCUUAACGCUUCUCAUGUAAUCCAUGACUUUAAUGUGUAGUUCACAUUGACUCAUUAUUUUUGUAGCUAGUUUUUUCUUUUGACAGCAGGAUUCCUUAAGGCAAAGUUUGACUAUGUAUCUACAACAGUCUGCAACAUUCGCAGUAAUUUUUUUUAAAUAGCAGCGAAGUUUGACUAGCUGUAAUUACGGGACUGCCUCUUUCGAAGUUACCAUACUGAACACUUAUGUUAUCCACAACCUCAACUUUUCAAUAGAGGAGCAGUUCUUCUCUGUAUUAAAAAGGUGUGCAUAACGUCGCGGAUGAUUUUAAACUAUAGCAGAGGUUCGAAACUGUAUACAUGGCAAAGUAAAGCUGUCUCAAGUAACAAACAAAAGAAGUAAAAAUCAAUAGAGGAGGCCUUUUUAUUACUCGCGCCAACGAUCCCUUGAAUCCCCGUUACUUCUUCAAGCCUCGUCUUCCAUUUUCAGAUGGAGUAAGGUUGUUCGGAGGCUGAAAUAUCAACAUUUUCAUACAACUUGAUUUUGGUGAGAAGAAUAGCGGUCGAGACGCGAACACAGACUGAUUUGAUUGCAUAUUUUUUUGAAAACCAAGAAAUAGAUAAACCGAGCACUUAACAAAGCAGAGUUUCUAAGGUUGGUGAAGUCAGACUGCAAAAGUGCAUCAGUAGUCAAGAGUUUAGCCACCAUGAUUUCGUAAGCUCCACAUGCUACAUGAGGUUUAUUUUUCCAAUCCGCAAAACUACUACUACUAAUUUUUAAUUUUAUCUCCACGAAUUUUGCUACCCCCAUUUCUGAAUAAAACUUUCAUAGAUGCUUAUUCCAGAUUCUACUUUAAAAAAAUGAUCGAGUCUCUCUUAUCACAAAGUUUAAUCUUAUCUCAGAUAAUGGGUUAGGAAGUAUUUAGGAGAACAAGUGCUAAAAUAGGAUCUAUUUAUAACUCAGAAAGGAAAUGAUUCAAACUUCGUCUUUAUGGCUAAAUAAUAAACAGUUCAAUUUGAAUGUAAGAAACAUCGUUCCUAGGGUAGAAACAAAGUCAGAGAGUAUGUCUGCGUUUUUUGGGAAAAUCGCCAAAUCCGGAUAUCCGCAUCCAGAAACGGAUGUUGCUUUUUUGAGAUGUGACAAGACACUAAGGGUUGAUCCAACGUUUUGGUUUUGAACUUUUCACUUGUCUUUAUUUUCUUUAGGUUGAACUAAAGGAGCAAGGAAAACUCAUUGUUGAUGGAGGAAAUGGCAAACAAAACAUUGGAGCAGUGUUGGGUGCAGGUACCGGUUUAGGUGGUGGAGCAGGUGGAAUUAUACAGAUAAUAUCACCUGCUGGUCGCCUGCCACUCAAAGUUUUAUCUCUAAAACGAGGCGCAAAACAUGGGGCGUGUUUCACAGAGACAGAACAUGGAUAUUGCUAUUUUGUAGGAGGUAAUUUCAGUUCGCGGACAAUCCAGAAAUGUAUACUCCCUAUUUGCCCCUUACUAGUUCAGAUGAGUAUGUACAUGCAGUUGAGCAAUACAUGAAGCCAUUUGCUUAAUCUCUAAAAUCGGGGGGAAGGGUAAGAAAGGAAAGGGAUCUGCGCUGUCAUAGUUUCACCAUCAAUGGAAAUCGAAAGCGAAUUCAGUGUAACCAAAUAUUUCACCGCAAGUUUGACUUGUUAUUACCAAGGUUAAGAAUCCUACCUCCAGAACCCGUUGGAAAAGAAAAAUGUUUUCUUGAUAAGGAGACUUAUUGUCAUUGAACGGGUACGAAAGAAGUUGUCGAAUAUGUUGCCGGGUGUAGUAUCUAAAAGUAUACGCGAUUAUUUCUUGCCGAUAUUUGACCAUUUUUGUUUUGUGUUUUACAAUUCUGGUCAGAGAAGACCCGCUAGAUUAUAUCCAUCCCGCUGCGGAUUGGGGCGUGAGCUUUUCAUCUUUUCUAACCAAUGGUUAUAAUGUCUGACGAAGUAUAAAUAAUGGAAAAAAUCUAACUUAUUUAUCAAUUUCAUGUCAGAUAACACCAGAGGGGCCAAUGUGGAGAUAUAUCCUCCUACAAAUCCAUAUCACUGGGGUUCAAGUUCGUCUUUUUCAAGUCCAUCACGUCGCUUCAGCGUCACACCCACACAGCAAAGUAAGUAUCAUUCAGUCCAUCCUAUGUAAAUCAAAAAACUCAGAUUAAGCUAUAAGAUGGUGAUGUCCUGUCCUCUGAACAAUUGGUAACAACCUUUAAAUUAAGGUGUUAAGUAAAAUAUUCACCUUAUUUUCAUUUUAAAACGUAAAUCGUAAGAGUUUGAUACAAGUAGUGGUAGAGGGUCAUUUACGCCGUUUUGGUGUAUAGGUAUAGGUUUAGGUAUAUGUAAAUCCUUAAUAUUCAUAUACUUUCAUGCAUACUAAUUCGGUGUAGGUUUACUAAUGAGCGUCUCUCUUAUUCGUUCAAUAGCAACGAUAGGCUUGCGCAGACUUGCCCGUUAAAUAACUUUAGCCCGGUUUGUCGGACCGUCGAUUAAAAAAAAUGAAAUAAAAGGAGCGAUCACCUAGCAACGCGAGAAGCGGCUUAGCGCUAAAAAUCGGACAUAUUAACAAAACAUACUCACAUAUACACAAAGUGGGGCUGAAAACUCUCUAUUUCAAUUUUGUCUGACUAUUACAAAACCGUUUUCUCCUUUAUAUCUCGAGGAAAGAAAAACUAUUAAAGUCUUGUAGUUUCAUACACCGUUUAGUCAGUUAAUUAUGCGAGUUAACAAGUCCACAGUUGCAUACAAAGUAUCUCUACAACAAAAAACCCCAAGGUAGGACCUUGACUUAUUAUUAUAAAAACAAUUAAUAAUUUAACAAGGGUCAAUUGAAACACGCGACUAAUAAACACAAGCAAUAAAACCAGACAAGAGAGACCGUUUUGAAAACUUUAUUAAAAAACAAUAGCAAAAAGACUAAAAUACACAGCCAUUUGAAAAGGAUGGAAAUCAAUAUUCCUCUUCUUCGUUCUCCUCUUAAAAAGGGGCAAAGAAAUUGGUUUCCUCCUCCACCUGCUCCUCCUGAUUUUCAAUAUCCGAUGAACUCUCCUCAAUAUUACUCUCGUUAUCGGAAGUAUCUUCUGCAUUUCGGUAGCCUUUUCCCUUUUCUAUUAAAUCACUUAGCAACUUUUUGUUCUUGAUUAAACUUUUAUCGAAUCCUAACUCUGCAAGUUCAUCUAGAAACGUAUUCAGCGCACGAGGCUUGGUAACGUUAUUGUUAUGAGGGAGUAACACAUACUCAACUAGGUCGGCGGUGUUUGUGACGGGAAUUAUACGUUUAUUUCGAAGUUCACUUGUACUGUAAUUGUCCGAGGGAAGUCCAGAAAAGAAUAUCUUGGGAAGCGACCAUACUAUGCAGCAAUUCAGAAGCACGCUUUUCCGACGCCGCUUGGGAAAGAUGACUUAAAACAUCUUGUAUUCUUGAUGUAACUAUACCUAUGCACCAAAACGUCGUAAAAUGACCCUCUAUUACUACUGAUACAUCCUGUUUUUUGACGCUGUAAGAUUUAAUUGGCAGUGUAAACCUAUUGCCCCUUUCAAUUAGGCUUCUAGUUUUAGCUUCAUUCGCUGACACAGGUAAUAUGGUGUAACAAGAGAGGAUAAAGGGGUCAGAGAAGGCAUCCCCCAUAAACACCCUAUUCUAUAGGUAAUUCGUCUCGAGUUAUUUUUAGAAUCGGGAUAAAGUCACUUCGCGCGCUGCGUGGAUGUUUCGUGGAGGUUUCGUAUGACUAAACACCGUGCAAAACAUGUCGGGCGAAAGGCAAUGAAAGCGUAAAGAGAUCGAGAGCAUUUCUGAAUAUUGAAGCGAGUCGGCGCUACUUGGAAAAAGGGAAUCGCUGGAAUCUUUGACAACCCGUGAAAUCAGUUUAACUCGAAGUUGUCGUAACCUCAGUGCUUUAACAAAAUGAGAAAUUUCGCCGGUCUAUUGAAACCGGUCGCAUGUAUAAUGAAGCAAGUAGGACGUCAAGUGUUAUUUUCGUUGAAUAAUAAAAGAUUAAUAAAAGAAUUAAUAUCAAACCAGAAAUUGCUCUCCUCAAACUGUAAAUUAUUAAUGAUCCUGAGAGAAUAUUCAGUGUGUUAAGGAUUUCCCUGCUGUGUUGUUAGCUCUAUACAAGAGAGGAAGCGCGAUUCGUUUUUAAUUUCCGUUUCGCUGCCACAGCUUUAGCAGAAAUCUCUCUUUAGUCGUUUUAAAACAAAUAGCAAUAUCGCUCUCCGCGUCUUCUGCCAAUUUUUUCCUGCGUCAAUUCGUGAAGGACACUUGGCUCUGAGCGUGGGUCAUCCACGCAGAACACAUUCGCGCUAUAUGAUUGGCUGUUGUCUAAUCCCCCUUGGGAUCUAUGGUCUUAAAAAUAACUCGAGGCGAAUUACCUAGGAAUAGGGUGUGUAUGAGGGAUGCCUUCCCUGUCCCCUUUAUCCUCUCUUGGGUGUAAACAUUACUUCUAUAAUUGGAAGCAGUUACGCUUAAAGAAAACAGCGACACCGUACGUGAGUGUCCCGGAGGUGACAGAUGGUAUGAUUAAUUCAAAAACAAAGGGGCUCACGAAUAAAAGAUUGAGAAGAGAAUUAAGCUCAAUUUACUGGUAAGACGCACGUGGAGUAACUUGACUAAUUCUUUUUACCUCAACCAUAUUGCAGCAUCGUCCACAUUUCUUGCAAUCUCAUCUACAACAUCGACCUACACUGGUUCAACUGUAAGUUGUACUUCAUCUCAAGCAGUACCGACAACACCAGGUAUGCACUCAACUGUUUACAUUGUAUUUACAUAUCCAUGGCAUCACUGUGUGACCUCAAUAUAUAUACACAUAUACAUAUAAUUGUCCCGUAGCUCAAAGAGUCAAUAACUAAAACGCUGUAAAAUAGUAUGAUUAAUUUAAAAAAAAAAUAAUUAAAAAACAAAAGGGGCUUAUGAGAAAAAGAUUGAGAAUUAAGUUCAAUUUACUGGUAAGACGCACGUGGAGUAACUUGACUAAUUCUUUUUACCUCAACCAUACUGCAGCAUCGACCACAUUUCUUCCAAUCUUAUCUACAACAUCGACCCACACUGGUUCAACUGUAAGUUGUACUUCAUCUCAAGCAGUACCCACAACACCAGGUAUGCACUCAACUGUUUACGUUUAUUUACAUAUCCAUUGCAUCACUGUGUGACCUCAAUAUAUAUACACAUAUACAUAUAAUUGUCCCGUAGGUCAAAGAAAGAGUCAAUAAAUAAAACGCUGUAAAGUAAUAUGAUUAAUUAAAAAACAAAAAGGGAUUAUGAGCAAAAGAUUGAGAAUUAAGCUCAAUUUACUGGUAAGACGCACGUGGAGUAACUUGACUGAUCUUUUUACCUCAACAAUACUGCAGCAUCGUCCACAUUUUUUGCAAUUUGCCAAUACCGUUCAUUGAUCUUGUUUACUUUCAGAAGUCUAUAUUGUUGUUUUUGUUGUUGUCGUUGUUGUUCUUGUUGUUGUUAUCGUUACAAUUGUGGUCUCAGUCACAGAACAAUUACUGUUAGAAUCCAAUAAUAGAUUUAUUCUUUAAUCCUGUAGGGCGUUUUCAUUUCACGAUGUCACGUUCGCCAUAUCGGUGUCCCAAAAUAAUGAAACAGCAGCCAUGUUUCCAUGAAACGUUCGUUUGUUCCAGUAAUUUGCAUACCCGCUGGCCACGUCGGGGAGUGAAAACGCUCUAUUGGCGAAUCUUUGUGUACAUUUUAUGUCUCAUUAACUUAUCCUUAUGAUACAUCUUCUCAAGGUAUUAAAUACCAUAUCUGAAUUCUAUUAGUCGCAUUCCAGAAUAACAAUAAAAUUAGUGGCACUACGAGUGACUUAUUGGCAAACAAACGCACACUCUCACUGUAGGACGAUGGACACGUUCAAACGAUGCACAAAGUCUAGCCAAGUUUUAAUUCUCCACAAACAAUAUUUAAAAACCAUAACAGGAGCAUAAAAUACAAAUGUUAAUACUUGUGUAAAUUUAUAUAAAUUAAUUUACAAAUACAGAGGAUGAAAAGUUGUAACUCGGAGUUUCACGCACUAAGCGAUGAUUAAUUGGUGCGUGAAACCCUGAGUUAUGACUCAUUAUCUUUUCAUUUGUAUUUCAAUUCGCUCUGCAUAUUGGAUGCAUUGAUCACUCCCAGCGUAGGUGAAACAAUAUUUCUUAUCGUGUGUUCAUUUUAUUAAUUUACAUCAUAAAUAGCGAAAUGCAUUAUUCAACCAUCCGAAGGACAAAGUCUCACUACAACGUUCCACAUUAACUGCUCUGGCUGGACUUCUUCCUGUUCACGUCCUUCAGCAUACGAAUUGCAGUACACGCUUCAAAAUGGCCUUCAUGGCAUACUAUAUAAAGGGAAUAUGAGCAACUUCCGUACGAUACUAAUCCAUGGCAUUUCUAACAUAACUACGACAAUCCAUUUUGUAAAUGGAACAACAAUAAAACAGGAAUUAAAUGUCUUGGUAAGGGCUGUUUAGAGUGACGGUAAUGCCUGAUCAAGGUGUGGCUUUUGUGAAUUAUGGACUCGAUAUGUAUAUGAAUACUAGAUGUAGACAUUUAACUAAUUAAGAUCACAGUUAUGAACUAAAGCACACACCUCCAACUCCGCGGUAUGGACAGUACCUUAGCAUGUGCACAGCCAUAUCACCCCGGCUUUGCAACGUGGCAGACAUGGACAGCUGUUUCGUUCUUGUUACGUCUCAUCAUUAUGGCAUAGCCAGCACGCUCUCACUUUUACCCCCACUCAUUGAAUCGACGGCUAUGACAUGCUGAUGUACCCUAAUAAGGGAGAAACAGCUGUCCAUGGCUGCCACUGAUAUAUACUGAUAUGGUUUUGUGCAUGCGUAAGGUACUGGCCACACCGCGGAGUUGGUGCGUGUGCUUCAGUGCAUAAUUUGAUUUUUAACUAAUUACCUUCGGAAUGGGGCGACAAACAUCUGUAAGAUUUAUAAGUAUUAUUUUACCUAGAAUCAUGGAUAACAAAGACCCUUAGUCAUGUCAAACAUCUUAGGAACCCUUCCAGCCCUGAUAAAAAAUAAGAAGCUCAGUGCGGUCAGUAAUUAGAAAAAGCUCUAAAUUAACAGAACUACUGGAGAAUUCUCGUCCACAGGUCGCUUUUUUGAUUGACGUUGACUUAGCAAAAGGGUUUUAAAAGACUCUUUGUACUAAGCAGCAAAUUGAUACAGUCAUGUCUCAAGAGGUUCCUUUUUUUGGCCGCUACACUGAACAUUUGCAUUAUAAUGUGGUAUUCGCAUUUUUAAAUGCGAAUACCACAUUUAAAAAUGAUAUGUAAAUUCCUGAAACAAAACGUUUUAUUUCCGAAUGGUUUGAAUUAGGUACAACAUUGAGUUAGCCGAAUAGGUCUAUUGGAUAGAAAACAAUGGAUUUUUAAAAGGCCAAAUCAAUAGCUACUUCGAGGAAAAAUAAUCUUACAGUUACAAUGAGUUUCGUUAAAAAAUAAAUAUUAAAAAACUAUUUUAUCACUUACUAGGUUCGACCCUCUUCUUCACAAAAAUGCGAUGAAUGGAUUAGGAAGUUAAACCAGAGCGAGAAUGCAAGUUUGGUUCUUCUGGCGAUGGUAGAACGUUUGACAUCUAAUUACACAGAUCUCAAAACAUGUCACAAGGUUAGAGAGAAAUCUGUUCCAUUUACGGAAAAUGUUCAAAAUAGAUGGCUACUUUCUGCCCAUGCAGUAAACUGGUACUAUCAAAACUCAUUGUUUUCGUGUGUCUUGUCUGCACUUACAGCGUCUCCAAUAAGGUUAACGUGCUGUAAUCCUGCCAACCAGAUUGGAGAAGGACAGUAUAAAACCGUGGUUUCCGAGGGGAUCAAUUUUUUAAAUGACUUUUCAUAUAGAACAACAAAGACACUCAUAUUUAAUCCAGUACUGGAAAGCAAAGUAGUGGUCAAUAUUUUCGACUACCACUGACGCCAAAGGUUUUGCUGUAAUGUCCGCUCAGAGUCUCCGUUUUAGAGAAACGGGAGGGCGCUUUUGGGGAAAGUGCUAGCUAUAUCAUAGAAAAUUCUCUAAUAGUUAUUGUCUUCUGUUUUGUUUUAAUUCAAACUGUAAUUGUCUUCUUUCACAGAUUAAAACGCCAAUUUUUCAUUUUCUCUUAAGACAAAAACUGGAAACCAUCAACGAUCUUCUUUCGAUUUCAUUGCUCAUUGGUUCCAUAGUUGAUCGACUGGAAAUAAAUUCGACUGAUUUAGUUGUAAGUUAUCAUUUUGUUUUAUUAAAUGACAGAUAACAGAUAAAAUACUAAGUAGGUACCUUGAGAACAUGUUUAUUCUGGGCAGAUUUAGGAAUAUCAUUUUUCACUUAUUAGAGAGUGUGUUGUGGGGGAAUCUCAUUACCUUGCAGGGAAUACAUAACACCGAUGACUUCAUAGCCUUUUCUAUCUUUAUCUCAUGAACAGAAUGCGGGGAAAUCUUAUUUAAGAAAUCCGCCCUAUCCUUCAACGAAGUACAUUAAUUUAAUUAUUAUCCUGCCUCUACUUCAUAGAAUUACUGUCAACGGGCGCCAACCAAAAAUCCCUUAAAAUUCCCAUUUCGGCCAAUUCAUUUCAAUCUGACUGUCUUCUAUUUUCAACGAUUGAAAUUUUGCAGGUAAUGCAUAUGACUUUGCAAAAACUGGUUGCAAAUGUGCGCAAACGGUUUAGAGCAACUACAUCAAAAUCUGGCUCAACUUUGACUCUGCUGACGGAAAACAUUAUUUACAGCAUUGGAAAACUAUUGACGCUUAGUUCAAGAGAUGCUUAUUUCGCAAAUCAAGACAAGCCCUUACAGAAAAUGGUAUGCAGUAACAUAAAGUUUCAUCUUUGAAAAAAAGAAUCCUUAAAAAUUAUCCAGAGGGAGACCUUGCCAAGUGCAAAAACGCGACUGAUUUGUUAAGUCGCGUUUUUGAAUAUCUCUCCUCAGCACAAUUUUGCUAACACAUCCGCUUUCCUGACUCUUUGACUACCGGUAUAUCACCAAUCGUUUAAAGAUUUGUGUGUGCGUUAAGUCGGAAACAUUUCCAACGUAACUUAACUUUGCCCAACUUAUCAGAGAGUAAAAAGAGGGAGAAGAUAUUUGCAAACGACCUCUGGAUAACUUAAGUCUUGUCAAUCUGAUAGCUCACUAGCUCACGCGUUCGUGAUUCCGCUGACGAAACACUAAAGACAAACACACUCUCCACCUCCAUGAAAGUUAUUUUCUCCCAGGUGACACCAUCCUCACGUAUCCUCGAUUCAAGAGGCGCCCCAGUACAAUCAAAACAUUAACAACCCUUUUUUACUUCUUUUUUUCAACCAAGGGAUCGAGAAAACAUCGUCUCAUGCAUUUGUUGACCUAAUUGCCAACAAUUAUUGCGCGAGUCUCUGCUCAAUUGUCGCGUCCUUGGGAGCAGUUUCUUAUCUUCACCUACUAAGUAAUUUAUUUUCUCACUUUGUUUAUAUUCCCUCCUCAGAAAAUCAACACUACCAAAAAAAUCCUAUCUUUGAAGAGUCAUAUGAUUGAAGGAUUUCGCCUAUCAUUGAAAAAGCGCCCAGGAAACAUAUCUUUCACAUCGAAAUAUCUUAGCAUAACGGUGGUUUCCAUACAAAAAAAAGACAUUCACCAUGGUUACAGACUUGAUGCACAUAGAAGCAGCUUUAUAAUCCCUGAUCUCAACAAAGUCUUGAGCAAAAUGAACGACAGCUACGUUCUGUUUUUAGAGGUACGAUAAAUCCACCUUUCGUACUUUCGCUAUAUUUUUAACAUUGUUGGCCAGGGUUGUAUGUGUUGUGAGCUGUAGUGGCAUAUGGAAAAAUUUCAUUAUUUGAAGGAAACAAUAACUUGGUAUUAACUUUACAGGGAAGCGCCUAUUCGACAACUAUGAUGGUUAUUUAAGACAGACUGGCGCACGUAUUUAUUUAUUAGCUCAAAUCACAGAUUUGAUCUACUAAAAUUGGUUUCUCUUACAUUAGUUGAUGAUGAUGAAGAUGAUGAUGAUGAUGAUUAUUAUUAUUAUUGUUAUUAUAAUUAUUAUUUGUAUGAUCAAAUUUAGAGUUUACCGUAUAAUUUUUUUAUGGUGAACGUUUCUCUCCUAGAUGUGGAGUACACCCUUCAAUCCCUUUACUUGGGAUAAAACCAGCAAAAGGGUAACAGCAGACGUGGCGAGUUUAGAUGUUCGGGAUGCGGAAGGGAAAAAGAUCCUCAUUUCUGGUCUGACACCAGGAGUCACUAUUUUACUACCUCUGAAUCGACAGACAAGUCAUCCAGUAAACGUUUCUUUCGGAGCAGAUAGAACGCUCAGACAUCACAAAAUAGGACGUCUGUAUGAAAAUUCCACGGUUGAAAUCUGGAUAAUCCUUGAAGAAAGUGACGUUGCCGUCUCCUCCAUAAAAAUAGCGGAACCUCUUAAGACUUCUCCGCCCCGCGAAUGCAAGCGGGCACGGGGUGCUUGGCUCAUCAGCGGUAGAAUCACAUGUGAGGGAAAAAAUCAAAUAAAAAUCUCUUUUAGGGCAUUCCAUGCUGGAUUUUAUGUUCUCUAUAUAGACUUCAAAGUCGUCACAGAAAGUUCUGGAAACGUUGAUGAAUGGGAGGGUAAUGACAACGGAUGUAUCAAGAUCAGACAACCUCCUUCGCGCCCGAAGAAAGCGAAAGUUAGUUACACUUUUGAAAUGAGCGAAUCAACUUGUCUCUUUUGGCAACAAAAUCAAUCUAAAUGGAGAACUACUGGAUGUAAGGUAAAGAAAGUAUCUUUUUCUUAAAGGGACACAGGCUUUGAGACCACACUGACCUGGACACUAUUUUUGCGACUUUGGAAAGCGUUCAACUCAACCCGAAAUCAAAAACGAAUACAUAUAGAAAUCCGCUUAAAUCUUGCCUAGUGCUUCAUUAGAUCUUUAAGUAUUGUUUUACUCCUCCUAUAUUAUCUUGUCAUAUUAUUAAUUAGAAACAGAAUGAGUCGCAUAGCUUGUGAUAUGCAAAUCAGCUAAGAAAUGGUCUUUUUAUAAAGUGAUUUACAUUUCCCGUUCACUUUUCAAUUCGUCCGCCAAUCUCCUCUUGAAAUAAGACAAUUACACCUCUACCUAGCCGCGCAUUUAAACAUUUUUCUCGAGUGAACAAAAACAGAGAAGCCACGAACGUUUCACUGAACAGGACAAGAAUAAUUCCUUAUAUUACUACUUUUAAGGCAUUGGAAAUUAUCAAGGACUCUACACUUAAGUGCUCUUGCAGUCACUUGACGAGUUUUGCGGGAGGCUUCCUAAUACCACCAAAUCAAAUCAACUUUGAGCAAGUAUAUCACCAGUUAACGUCUCCAGAAGAACCUGGCAAAUUUCUAGUUUUGGGAACAGUGUUAACAUGUUUCCUUGUUUACUUCGUGGCAGUCCUUUUGGCCAGGAGAGCUGACAUAAAAGAUAGCUCGGUGGUAAGAUAUUUACAUCCACGAUUUACCUACUAGGUAGCUUAAUAAGUUCAACGUAAGGCUUGAAUAGCACUCACGCCUUAUUCACUGCUCGCCCUACCAUUUAGUGGAGGCAACGGGGCACAGGAGUCAACGUGUUACGCUUUCAGUCCCUUUCUGCCCAGUACCUGGAUUUUUCUCUCCGUAGUACCGAGCACGUUUGUAAUUACAUGGCCAGUUGGUUUGUCUACCCCAUAAGCUUAAUUGUUACGGACGACCAAAGGCGACCGCAAUUCUAAUCUCCAGCUUGCUAAUAUGCAUGAUAUGCACUGCACUUAGGUAGCGAGCAACGCGUUCUCUUGGACUUCCAGUAACAAUGAUUGGAAUGCAUAAAACGCAAUCUGAUGAAGCGCGUUUGGAUCUUCUAUCACUUAUAAUCUGAUAGCUAGCCUGUUCCAGGCGUUCGGAUAAUGGAGUGCGGCGCGAAGUAAGAGAGUGGGAAAAAACGGAGGACCCUCUAACCCACCCCCUCGCUGUUUUUUUUCUGCUCACAUCUCUUUGCGCUAUCCCCACGAUCUGAACGCCUGGAACAGGCUAUCUGAUGGCAUGUGUUUAGAUCUUCUAUCCAGUGGAAGCUACACAAAGCAGAGCGUUUUGACCUUAGAUCGAUGACGCCCACACUCCCUAAUUGUUGGUUAUUACUAGCUCUAUAAUUACUUGCUUUUGAUUAUUUGAAUGGUGCACAUGCAAACAUAUAAACAAAGCAUUAUUUCACUCCUGAUUUCAGCUACAAGAUAAAAAAUCCUUAAACUGUGGAACAUUACAAUCAGAAGGUUCAACAUAUCUGAUAUCCUUAAAGACUGGCGUCUGGCUUGGUGCAGGAACAACAGCCAACGUUUCGUUUAUUAUACACGGGGUUGAUGGCAACAGUGGUACUAUCAAUAUAUACCAGGACGGUACAGCCGGCUCCACAACAAUUCUUACCCGAGGAUCUACACAAACGCUUACAAUGACUCUAAAAGAAGACAUAGGAGACAUUUAUUCACUACGUAUUUGGCAUGACAAUUCAGGCAAGGACCCUUCGUGGUAUUUAGAUGAGAUAGAAAUUACAGAUCCAAGAUCUGGAAACUGUUGGAAAUUCAUCUUUGAAACAUGGCUAAGCCUGGAGGAUGAAUCGUACACUAACGAAGUUCUUCAAACUCCUCACCACUCAAAUCCGAACAUCACAAGAAAAGCCAUCAAAGAAAUGUUCUCCAAUGGCCACCUUUGGUUAUCGAUCAUAACGAAGAUUCCAAAUGACAGCUUUACCAGAGUUCAAAGACUCUCCUUUUGUUUUGCAUUACUUUUAUGUACAAUGGCUACCAAUGCUGCAUUUUACUCCUGGGGAGCAAAGUCGCCCCAAAAUAUUAAUCUAGGUCCACUAAAGUUUUCUGCGAGACAGGCGAUUGUGAGUAUCCAAGCCAACCUUAUCCUCUUGCCUUUGCAAGUCCUCAUCAUGUUGUUCAAAAACACCUUGGCUCGAUUGCAAGGAGAGCGCACACGUCUUUGUUUAAUAUGCCUCACUUCUAUUUUGAUUGCAAUUAUGACUACUGCAUCCGCAGCUUUAAAUAUUUCAUAUGGUCUCGUGUGGGGGAAAGACAAAAGCCAAGAAUGGAUUUCUGCAGUCAUCGCCUCUGUCUUUGAAGACAUUCUGAUUGUGCAGCCGUUUAAAUGUGUUAUUAUUGUCUCACUGACUGUUAUGCUUUCUAAAUGCAAAGCAACUAAAGUAUCCUCCUAUGGGCUUCAAGAAACGCCAUUAGAGAAAGCAAGUACCAGAUCCAGGGAGAAAUCAAGCCUGAGGAAAGAAAGUGUCGUCAAAGCUAAACGUCGGUUAUCCAUUAGGCAGGCAAUCUUCUAUGUAACCUUCCUGGUUGUUCUCGGAGUGCUUUCAUAUGGAAACAAAGAUUCUAAUGGAUACCAUUUAACAAGAUCUCUUUAUGAUCAUAUUGGGAAUUUUUCCAAGGUACAAACUUUGCUCAAGUUCAGGGUCACCAUUCUCGGCACCGUUUUCAAUCACAUUUAGGUCCAUAAAUAUUCUUGAAUUAAGCACUAACAGGUUCAAACAUGUCGUAACGUUAAGGGUUCUCCUAGAUAAUCCUGAAACAAUAGAAGCAGUAACAGGAACAGAUCAAAGUAAGAGCAGUAGCAGUAGCAGUGGUGGUGGUUGUGGUGCGGAGUAAUAGUGGUGCUGGUGGUAAUAGCGGUAGUCAUAGCAACAGCAAUCUGCUUAGUGUAAACUAAGUAUACAAAUUUGGAUACUUUUUUAAACCAAAUCCUUUUUUCAGGUUUCAAAUCCAAGUUUGUUCUGGAAUUGGAUGGCCCAUGACCUUAUUCCACUACUGUACUUCACCAACCUGGAAAUACAACAGUACAAAGUGCUCAACGCAGAACAAACAUCGACUAGGAUUGGAAUGAUCAGACUGCGCCAGCUGAGAGUAAAGAAAGGUACGUUACACUGAAUGGCUGAGUGAACGUUUGAGUAAAUUAUUUUAAUUAAAAUUGAUGAGCUGUAUGAUGUAUAACAAUAACUCUACGUGCAAUUUUGACAAAGUUAGUUUUUCGGACACAGAAGGUGUUGGAAGCUAGACAUUCCAUGGGAACUCCAUAACGGACAACAGGUCUUCCCCACUCCCUGGACAGUAUAAUAAGUCACUCUUUUCGUUAUGUAGAAACAUUUCGUCACCCUCUUAUCAUUUCACUUCAGUCCCCGCCGAAGACGGUAAGUUAAAUAGUGCGCGACAUUGUUUGCUUCCUUUUUUAACCAGAGUACAUUUUGAAUUAAUAUUCACUAUGGCUCAUCCUGUAUACGAACCCUCCAAUCCCACCUUUAUUUAUAAGCUGUAAUCUAUUUGUUGUUAGUGCAAUGCCCUGUGCGAACGUUCCUUGACGUGGACUCAUGGCAUCAAAGUUGCUACGACAGCUACUCCACCGGGAGGGAAUCCCAAGAGCUGUUUCAAUUGAAGCAAGCAAACUCAUCAGUUCAGUUCCAACAAUGUUCCCUUCCAUGGGUGUACCAAACAUCGGAGGAACUAAACUCCUCCCCCAAAUGGGGACACCACACCUGGUAUGGUGGGGGAGGAUAUGCUGCCGAUUUAGGCUACGAGGCACACACUGCUUACACGGUCAUAAACCACUUGCAAUUUGGAAAAUGGAUUGAUCGUCAGACAAGAGCUGUCAUUGUAGAAUUCAAUUUCUUUAACCCAGCAGUCAGUGUAUUAGGUGUCUGUUCCUUCUUUUUUGAAUUCCUUCAGACAGGCCAGGCUACACCUUUGAUGCAUAUUGAUUUGAUCUCCCUGCACAACACGGAUUCAAUCCUCCAAAUGUUUCAAGGUCUUUGCUUGGUCAUCUUCAUUGGAAUGGUUUUCUUAAAAUCAGGUCAGACAGUUAUGGCCUUGCUAGAACAAGGAUCGCGUUACCUGCGAAGUGGCUGGUGCUGGCUUGACCUUGGACACCUUGCAACCUCAAUUUCUCUUCUUCUCUGCAGCUUUAUUAAGUCUUAUCAAAUUUCCAAAAGCAUGCAGAAAUUGCGGCACAACAUCUUUGCUACAGUUAACUUUCAAACUGCAGUUUUGUGGGGAAAUAUCGAAAACUCUUUCCUCUCCGUUGUGAUUUUUCUUACAACCAUCAAGAUUCUCCAACUUACUUACUUUAAUAUGUAUACACGUGUGUUCGCCCAAGCCUUGCGUAUUUGGGUACGAGAAUUCUUUUCCUUCUUGAUGGUUCUCUGUGUUCCAUUCUUUGCAUUCCUACUCUCAGGCAUGUUGCUGUUUGGAACACGAAAUAAAAGAUACUCAAGUGUCUGGCCAGCUUUUUCCUACCAGCUGGAAAUUGUUCUAGGGAAAGUAAAAGCUCGGCCCAUACAAGAAUUAAUUGAAGCAGAUUCCGUCCUUGGACGUUUUUUUGUCAGUACUCUUCUGGUUAUUAUAACUGUUAUACUGAUGAAUUUAUUCAUCAGUUCCUUGGAAGAUGCAGUCAGUGACGCAAAAAGUACAGCACAGAUGAACACAGAACAAGAGCCAUCAGAGACCCAAAUUCCAAACAGAAGAAACGUACAACAUGAAGCGAAGAAUGUGGACUUGUCUCUGACUUCUCCGUUUUACGACCAAAUAAGCAACCAGUUAAGGACCAUCGACUUGAUCCGUAAUCUUCCACAAGCCUAUGUCGUUGAUAAAAAGCUAAGUGAAGUUCUGAAGAGAAUGGACGCUCACACAGAUGGGGAACAAUGUUAUCCUCUGCAAAAAGGUCAAAUGUCCGAAAUUGUCGUCGAAAAACGAAGAAAGUUACCAACCAUUUUGGAAGAAUAG